UGGUUGUGAAAGGCAGGUUUGCACCCAAGAAUUUUGAAUGGAUUUUGCGUCGUUAUAUCAGUGAUUAUGUGAUUUGCCCUGGUUGCAAAAGUCCAGACACAAUACUCAUGAAAGAGAAUCGUCUCUUCUUUCUCAGAUGUGAGAAGUGUGGCUCUGGACGAUCAGUUGCUCCAAUUAAAGCUGGUUUUGUUGCCCGUGUUGGCCGCAGGAAUACUGGCACAUGAGACUUUACUUUUUCUUGACCAUGUUGAGGAGCUUUUAGAUGAUCCCCUAUGUCUAAUAUAAUAUAAUUUGCCUUGAAAUUUUGAUUAGUGGUUAAUAUGGAUGUGAAAUAGGGAUAUGCAGUUUGAGGGGUGUCUGCAAUGGAUUUUUUUUUUUUUUAAAUUGAAUUGUUACAUAGAUUCAAUAUUCAGUUUAUCAAUUGUUUCCUCAAAAAAUCCUCAGCCGGCCUUUACCAUGUGAGUUGGUUAUUAGGCGUGCCACUUGCUUUGUCUAAAAACAAGAAAACAGGAUUUUUCAGACGACCCUUCUCCUUUCCAGCGGUCGACCUCCAAUAGGAUGGCUGGAAAGAACGUCUGUGAAAUGAAUUGCGCCCCAGACGAUGUUGCAAAACAGAGGGUAGAGCUCUGCAAAAUGGGUUACUAAUUGCCUUGGAAACCUCCAAGGACUUCACAACCAGACAAGUGUAAUAAAAGCUACAAAUCCUA